GCCACGCCCCGCGCCGCCAGGUCCGGGGGGCCGUUAUUCCUGGCCACGCGCCUGCCCGCCAGCCGCAGAGCAGCGACCAUGGAAGAACCUGGCAUACCUCAUGAAUCAGCAGAGGAUUUGUUUCAUUUCAAUGUGGGGGGCUGGCAUUUCUCAGUUCCCAGAAGCAAACUUGCUCAGUUCCCAGACUCCCUUCUCUGGAAAGAGGCCUCGGCCUUGACCUCUUCAGAAAGCCAGAGGCUCUUCAUCGACAGAGAUGGCUCCACCUUUAGGCAUGUGCACUAUUACCUCUAUACCUCCAAACUCUCCUUCUCCAGUUGUGCAGAACUGAACUUGCUCUAUGAACAAGCUCUGGGUUUGCAGCUGAUGCCUUUGCUGCAGACUCUAGACAAUCUGAAGGAGGGGAAACACCAUCUACGUGUGCGGCCGGCAGACAUACCUGUUGCCGAGAGAGCGUCUUUGAACUACUGGCGAACAUGGAAGUGUAUCAGCAAGCCCUCAGAAUUUCCAAUAAAAAGCCCAGCCUUCACAGGUCUGCACGAUAAGGCGCCUUUGGGGCUCAUGGACACUCCGCUGUUAGACACAGAAGAGGAAGUGCACUACUGCUUCCUGCCCCUAGACCUGGUGACCAAGUAUCCGAGCCUGGUGACUGAAGACAACCUGCUGUGGCUGGCGGAGACUGUGGCCCUGAUCGAGUGCGAGUGCAGCGAGUUCCGCUUCAUUGUAAAUUUUCUCCGUUCACAGAAGAUUUUGCUGCCAGAUAAUUUCUCCAACAUAGAUGUGCUAGAAGCUGAAGUAGAAGUUCUGGAAAUCUCUGAGCUCACAGAAGCCGUAAGGUCGUACCGGAUGAGCAUGGGUGGCUGUUCCCGGACCUCCUGUCCUCCCCCGAGCCCUGGGAAGGGAGGUCGUGCAGCUGGCCUGGAGUCCGUGAGGCCACUGUACAUGAUGGCCCUGGGUCUGCUGGUCAAGUACCCAGACUCUGCACUGGGGCAGCUCCGCAUCGAGAGCACGCUGGACGGAAGCAGAUUGUACAUCACGGGGAACGGUGUCCUCUUCCAGCACGUCAGGAACUGGCUGGGCACUUGUCGGCUGCCCCUGACGGAGACCAUUUCCGAGGUGUAUGAACUGUGCGCCUUCCUGGACAAGAGGGACAUCACCUAUGAGCCAAUGAAAGUGGCUCUGAAGACUCAUCUGGAGCCAAGGACUUUGGCGCCCAUGGAUGUGCUCAAUGAGGAAUGGAUGGCAGAGAUCACUGUGUAUUCCCCUCAACAGAUCAUCAAAGUUUAUGUUGGAAGCCACUGGUAUGCAACCACCCUGCAGACCCUGCUGAAGUAUCCAGAACUGCUGUCCAACCCACGGAGAGUGUACUGGAUCACGUACGGACAGACUCUGCUCAUCCACGGGGACGGCCAAAUGUUCCGCCACGUUCUCAACUUCCUGAGACUUGGAAAGCUGUUUUUACCAUCUGAAUUCAAGGAAUGGCCCCUCUUCUGCCAAGAAGUGGAGGAAUACCAUAUCCCAUCCCUCUCAGAAGCCCUUGCACAAUGUGAGGCAUACAAGUCAUGGACCCAGGAGAAAGAAUCUGACACUGAAGAAGCUUUUCCCAUCAGGAGGCUGCAUGUGGUGACGGAAGGGCCAGGAUCGCUGGUGGAGUUCGGCAGAGACAGCAAAGAAACCACGGCCUGCAUGCCUGCGGACUUCCAAGACUGCAGUGACAGGACUCCAUGGAACAAGGCCAAGGGGAACCUGGCCAGGUCCAGCCAGAUGGAGGAGACUGAGCAGUAUACCCGGACCAUCCAGGUGUCCAUGUGUCGAAAUGCCAAGAAAGCUGGCAAUCCCAGCACAUACUCACACUGCCCUGGCUUGUGUGCCAACCCCCGACACUGGGGGGGCCACCCUGAGAGUCCCCCAAAGAAGAAGUGCACCACAAUCAACCUCACACAGAAAUCUGAAACCAAAGACCCCCCUGUCACCCCCAUGCAAAAACUCAUCUCCCUGGUGAGGGAAUGGGACAUGGUCAAUUGCAAACAGUGGGAACUUCAGCCACUGACAGCUUCCCGGAGCUGCUCCUUGGAGGAGACUGCCCUGCAGCUCCCCUCGGGGAGUGAGGCUGCUUCCCAGCCCAGCACCUCUGCUGCCUGGAAAUCCCAUUCCACAGCCUCAGAGAAGGAUUUAAGUCCACAGGCAGGGGCUGGAGUAGGAGGCAAAGACAAGGGGCCAGAGCCAACCUUUAAGCCAUACAUCCCCAUGAAAAGAGCUGUCACCAUGAAGGACUGGGGAAAGCAGAGGCCAAAGGAGAGAGAAAGCUUUGCCCCUGAGCAGCCUCUACCUGAAGCCAUUGAGAUGAACAAGCCAGGGAUCAUCCUCAAAGUGACUCAUCCCCCAGUGGUGGGCAGUGAUGGCUCCUGCAUGUUCUUUGAGGAUAGCAUUGUCUACACCACGCAGAUGGACAGCCUCAGGCAUAUGCCACCUGCAGCCAGCCUACAGCCCCAAGAGGUGACUUUCCUGAGUUUCUCUAUGUCCUGGGAAGAGAUGUUUUAUGCACAGAAAUGUCACUCCUUCCUGACUGAUAUCAUCCUGGAUUCCAUCAGACAAAAGGACCCCAAAGCCAUCACAGCCAAGGUGGCCUCCCUGGCUAACCGGCUGUGGACCCUGCAUAUCAGCCCCAAGCAGUUUGUAGUGGAUCUGCUGGCCAUCACCGGUUUCAAGGAUGACCGGCACACCCAGGAGCGCCUGUACAGCUGGGUGGAGCUCACACUGCCCUUUGCCAGGAAAUACAGCCGCUGUGUGGACCUGCUCAUCCAGAGAGGCCUGACUAGGUCUGUCUCUUACUCUGUCCUGGACAAGUACUUACAAGAGGGCUAGAAUGCCCAGAGACACUGCCCGCGCCAAGGUUCACGUUAACUGGAUAUCCCCAGAAUGCAUGUGCCUGGCUGAGGGUACAUAUCAGACUAUAUUUUUUAUUAUAAACAAAUAAAAAU